AUGGAGAACACCUCUUCAUCGCCGCGUCGAGUGCAGAAAUUCAUCGUGAAGAAGAAACGAUCAAUUGAGUGCUUCGCUGAUGCACAAAUGCAAAGAAAAUCGGAAACUGAAAUCGGUGGAAUUCAGUCGAAAUCUGCGAGUAAGACAUUGAUUAUGAGUGAUCCGCAGAAUAUCAGCGUUUCAGCUACAGUAUCGUUAGGAGUGAAAAACGACGUUGAUUUACUAAAGAUUGCAGAAUGCCGUUUAAAAUCGACGAGCGAUGAUAUCAGUAAAGCGUUGCAUUCAUCAGCGUCACAACUUCACAAAGCCCAGCCCCAACAAGCCAUCAUCCAAAAAGCGAAUAUCACCAACGUGGACGCCACUCAAAACUGCCCUCGACCUAUCCUCGUGGUGCACCCCGCGCAAAAGUGCUUCUCACACACUGCAAUCCGAACAUUUAAAACACUCGCCGAUUCAACAAGCACUAAUGAUAACACUGCUGUUAACACAAUUAUCCAACUAAAUGGUGAUGAGAUUAACGAUGCUGAAGAUGAUAAGAAAGUGAGUGUUGACGAUUGGAUUGGUGACGCUGUGAAUGGAAAACAUUUCAAAACGACUGAUAAAACUGAUAAUAUUGAUGGUAAUAUUACUAUCAGUGACAAUAACGGUAUUGACGCUAACAAUAACAAUAACAACGAUGCAAAAUCAACGACAAAAUACGAGUCGCAUGCGCCGAUGAAGUCGACAAAUCCGUCAAUAACGAAAUUCACACUCUCAAAGGGAUUAUUUUCGGUGCCGAGCAGAUUCAGUCGUGACACCAAGAAAGAACUGACAUUUGAAGUAACUGAAGCAAGCAGCGAUCGACUGCAAAAAUGGAAAUCAAAAUUGCAAACCGGUCGAAGACAUAAGGACACCAGUGAACCCCCACCUAUUAUUAGAUCGAGUUCGGGAGAGAAUGGUGAACCAAUGAAAGUGCAAGAGUUGGUGAUGAAGAAGAAGCGAUCGAACGAAGCAUUUGCUGAGACGAAAUCAUUGUUCGAACGAACGACUGCUGGAGAGGGAUCAGCGGGCUCAGGAACUGCGACGAGAGCGGAUGCUGGGAUUGGGACACAGAUCAAGACGUGA